AUGGCUCUUAUACAAUUUGGAAGCUCAUGUGUUGCUGCUCAGUGGGGGAUUCGUCGUCCUCAGGUUGCAGUCAAAGCUUCUUUUUAUCCAACCAGAUUGGAAUCUCACCAAGACAAUUGCGUCAGCCAAAUAAAUUGUUUGGGAGCUUCACAGUCGAGUAUGUUCUCACAUGGCUCCUUGCCCUUCUUGUCACUUGUAACGGGACAGUCCCGUAAUACACAUUCUCGUAGAGGAGCUCGAUUCACUGUUAGAGCAGAUACUGAUUUCUAUUCUGUCCUUGGAGUCUCCAAAACUGCAACCAAAGCUGAGAUUAAAAGCGCUUAUCGGAAGCUCGCUAGGAGUUACCAUCCAGACGUGAACAAGGAUGCUGGGGCAGAAGAUAAAUUCAAAGAAAUAAGUAAUGCAUAUGAGAUCUUAUCAGAUGAUGAGAAAAGAUCUCUAUACGACAGAUAUGGCGAGGCAGGAGUCAAAGGCGCCGGAAUGGGAGGCAUGGGGGAUUACAGUAAUCCAUUUGAUCUAUUCGAGUCACUAUUCGAAGGAAUGGGUGGGAUGGGAGGUGGAAUGGGUAGUAGAGGUGGUGCAAGGAGCAGAGCAAUCGACGGUGAGGAUGAGUACUACUCACUAAUCUUGGAUUUCAAAGAAGCUGUUUUCGGUAUCGAGAAAGAGAUAGAGAUCUCCCGGCUAGAGAGCUGCGUGACUUGCAACGGCUCAGGGGCAAAAGCUGGAACCAAACCUACCAAAUGCAAAACAUGCGGCGGUCAAGGACAAGUGGUAGCAUCUACAAGGACACCACUAGGUGUAUUCCAACAAGUCAUGACUUGCUCUCCCUGUAACGGAACAGGAGAAGUUUCAAAACCAUGCGGUGCUUGCUCAGGAGAUGGACGUGUGAGGAGGACUAAAAGGAUCAGUCUCAAAGUUCCAGCUGGUGUGGAUUCCGGUAGCAGGUUGAGAGUAAGAGGAGAAGGGAAUGCAGGGAAGAGAGGUGGAUCAGCUGGUGAUCUUUUUGCUGUUAUUGAGGUGAUUCCUGAUCCGAUAUUGAAGAGGGAUGAUACGAAUAUACUCUAUACGUGUAAGAUAUCGUAUGUAGAUGCGAUAUUGGGGACGACUUUGAAGGUUCCAACGGUUGAUGGAACGGUGGAUUUGAAAGUACCAGCAGGGACACAGCCGAGCACGACGCUUGUGAUGGCGAAAAAGGGAGUACCGGUGUUGAAUAAGAGUAAGAUGAGAGGUGAUCAGUUAGUGAGAGUGCAGGUGGAGAUACCAAAGAAGUUGAGUAAAGAAGAGAAGAAACUUGUUGAGGAGCUUGCGGAUAUGAGCAAGAACAAGGUAGCUAAUAGCAGGAGAUAA